UUCCGCAUUGUCACCAUGGAUAGCAACUUUGUUCCAGUGAAUGACAAGUACUCCAUGGUGGAACUACAGGAUCCAAACAGCAACAGGAUUGCACAGUGGCUGGAAGUGGCACCUGAGCAAGGCAUUGUAGACCUGUCCUUCCAACUGGCACCAGAGGCAAUGCUGGGCACCUACACUGUGGCAGUGGCUGAGGGCAAGACCUUUGGCACUUUCAGUGUGGAGGAAUAUGUGCUGCCGAAGUUUAAGGUGGAAGUGGUGGAACCCAAGGAGUUAUCAACGGUGCAGGAAUCUUUCUUAGUAAAAAUUUGUUGUAGGUACACCUAUGGAAAGCCCAUGCUGGGGGCCGUGCAGGUAUCUGUGUGUCAGAAGGCACAUACUUACUGGUAUCGACAGGUGGAACGGGAACAGCUACCUGACAAAUGCAGGAACUUCUCUGGACAGACUGACAAAACAGGAUGCUUCUCAGCACCUGUGGACAUGGCCACCUUUGACCUCAUUGGAUAUGCGUACAACCAUCAAAUCAAUAUUGUGGCUACUGUUGUGGAGGAAGGGACAGGUGUGGAGGCCAAUGCCACUCAGAAUAUCUACAUUUCUCCACAAAUGGGAUCAAUGACCUUUGAAGACACCAGCAGUUUUUACCAUCCCAAUUUCCCCUUCAGUGGGAAGAUAAGAGUUAGGGGCCAUGAUGACUCCCUCCUCAAGAACCAUCUAGUGUUUCUGGUGAUUUAUGGCACAAACAGAACCUUCAACCAGACCCUGGUUACUGACAACAAUGGCUUGGCUCCCUUUACGGUGGAUACAUCCAGUUGGAAUGGGGCAGCUGUUUCUCUGGAGGGAAAGUUUCAAAUGGAAGACUUAGUAUAUAAUCCGGAACAAGUGCCACGUUACUACCAAAAUGCCUACCUGCACCUGCGACCCUUCUACGACACAACCCACAGCUUCCUUGGCAUCCACCGGCUCAACGGCCCCUUGAAAUGUGGCCAGCCCCAGGAAGUGCUGGUGGAUUAUUACAUCGACCCGGCUGAUGCAAGCCCUGACCAAGAGAUCAGCUUCUCCUACUAUUUAAUAGGGAAAGGAAGUUUGGUGAUGGAGGGGCAGAAGCACCUGAACUCUAAGAAGAAAGGACUGAAAGGCUCCUUCUCUCUCUCACUGACCUUCACUUCCAGACUGGCCCCUGACCCUUCCCUGGUGAUCUAUGCCAUUUUCCCCAGUGGAGGUGUUGUAGCUGACAAAAUUCAGUUCUCAGUCGAGAUGUGCUUUGACAACCAGGUUUCCCUUGGCUUCUCCCCUUCCCAGCAGCUUCCAGGAGCAGAAGUGGAGCUACAGCUGCAGGCAGCUCCUGGAUCCCUGUGUGCCCUCCGGGCGGUGGAUGAGAGUGUCUUACUGCUUAGGCCGGAGAGAGAGCUGAGCAACCGUUCUGUCUAUGGGAUGUUUCCAUUCUGGUAUGGUCACUACCCCUAUCAAGUGGCUGAAUAUGAUCAGUGUCCAGUGUCUGGCCCAUGGGACUUUCCUCAGCCCCUCAUUGACCCAGUGCCCCAAGGGCAUUCGAGCCAGCGUUCCGUUAUCUGGAGGCCCUGGUUCUCUGAAGGCACGGACCUCUUCAGCUUUUUCCAGGACAUGGGCCUGAAAAUACUGUCCAAUGCCAAAAUCAAGAAGCCAGUAGAUUGCAGUUACAGAUCUCCAGAAUACAGCACUGCCAUGGGCGCAGGUGGUGGUCAUCCAGAGGCUUUUGCGUCAUCAACUUCUUCACGUCAAGCAGAGGAUUCUCAGGUCCGCCAGUACUUCCCGGAGACCUGGCUCUGGGAUCUGUUUCCUAUUGGUAACUCCGGGAAGGAGGCGGUCCACGUCACAGUUCCUGACGCCAUCACCGAGUGGAAGGCGAUGAGUUUCUGCACCUCCCAGUCGAGAGGCUUCGGGCUUUCACCCACUGUUGGACUAACUGCUUUCAAGCCAUUCUUUGUGGACCUGACUCUCCCUUACUCAGUAGUCCGUGGGGAAUCCUUUCGUCUUACUGCCACCAUCUUCAAUUACCUAAAGGAUUGCAUCAGGGUUCAGACUGACCUGGCUAAAUCGCAUGAGUACCAGCUAGAAUCACGGGCAGAUUCUCAGAUCUCCAGCUGUCUCUGUGCUAAUGAAGCUAAAACCUAUCACUGGAACAUCACGGCUGUCAAAUUGGGUAAGAGAGGGAAGCGUCACAUUAACUUUACUAUUAGUACAAAGAUUCUGGACAGCAAUGAACCAUGUAGGGGCCAGAAGGGGUUUGUUCCCCAAAAGGGCCGGAGUGACACGCUCAUCAAGCCAGUUCUCGUCAAACCUGAAGGAGUCCUGGUGGAGAAGACACACAGCUCAUUGCUGUGCCCAAAAGGAAAGGUGGCAUCUGAAUCUGUCUCCCUGGACCUCCCAGUGGAUGUUGUUCCUGACUCGACCAAGGCUUAUGUUACGGUUCUGGGAGACAUCAUGGGCACAGCCCUGCAGAACCUAGAUGGUCUGGUGCAGAUGCUCAGUGGCUGUGGCGAGCAGAACAUGGUGUUGUUUGCUCCCAUCAUCUAUGUCUUGCAGUACCUGGAGAAGGCAGGGCUGCUGACGGACGAAAUCAGGUCUCGGGCAGUGGCUUUCCUGGAGAUAGGGUACCAGAAGGAGCUGACGUACAAACACAGCAAUGGCUCAUACAGUGCCUUUGGGGAGCGAGAUGGAAAUGGAAACACAUGGCUGACAGCCUUUGUCACAGAAUGCUUUGGCCAAGCUCAGAAAUUCAUCUUCAUUGAUCCCAAGAACAUCCAGGAUGCUCUCAAGUGGAUGGCAGGAAACCAGCUCCUCAGCGGCUGCUAUGCCAACGUGGGAACUCUCCUUCACACAGCUAUGAAGGGCGGUGUUGAUGAUGAGGUCUCCUUGACUGCAUAUGUUACAGCUGCAUUGCUGGAGAUGGGAAAGGACGUAGAUGACCCAAUGGUGAGCCAGGGUCUACAAUGUCUCAAGAAUUCGGCCACCACCACCACCAGCCUCUACACACAGGCCCUGUUGGCUUACAUUUUCUCCCUGGCUGGGGAAAUGGACAUCAGAAACAUUCUCCUUAGACAGUUAGAUCAACAGGCUAUCAUCUCAGGAGAAUCCAUUCACUGGAGCCACAAACCUACUCCAUCAUCGAAUGCCAGCCCUUGGUCUGAGCCUGUGGCUCUAGAUGUGGAAGUUACAGCAUAUGCAUUGUUGGCCCAGCUUACCAAGCCCAGCCUGACUCAAAAGGAGAUAGCCAAGGCCACUAGCAUAGUGGCUUGGUUGGCCAAGCAACGGAAUGCAUAUGGGGGCUUCUCUUCUACUCAGGAUACUGUAGUUGCUCUCCAAGCUCUUGCCAAAUAUGCCACUACCGCCUACACGCCAUCUGAGGAGAUCAACCUGGUUGUAAAAUCCACUGAGAAUUUCCAGCAUACAUUCAACAUACAGUCAGCCAACAGAUUGGUAUUUCAGCAGAAGACGCUGCCCAAUGUCCCUGGAAUGUACAUGCUGGAGGCCACAGGCCAGGGCUGUGUCUAUGUGCAGAUGGUGUUGAGAUACAAUAUUCUCCCUCUUAAAAAUAUGAAGACCUUUAGUCUUAGCGUGGAAAUAGGAAAAGCUAGAUGUGAGCAACUGACUUCACCUCGAUCCUUGACUCUCGCUAUUCACACCAAUUAUGUGGGGAGCCGUAGCUCUUCCAAUAUGGUGAUUGUGGAAGUGAAGAUGCUAUCUGGGUUCAGUCCCACGGAGGGCACCAAUCAGUUACUUCUCCAGCAACCCCUGGUGAAGAAGGUUGAAUUUGGAACUGAUACACUUAACAUUUACUUGGAUGAGCUCAGUAAGAACACUCAGACUUACACCUUCACCAUCAGCCAAAGUGUGCUGGUCACCAACUUGAAACCAGCAACCAUCAAGGUCUAUGACUACUACCUGCCAGAUGAACAGGCAACAAUUCAGUAUUCUGAUCCCUGUGAAUGAGGACAGAAGCUGGAAAGAGACUCAAUUAGUCCUCUAUGUCAUUACUGGAGGGUGGAACAUUCUUCUGUCGCUUGAAGCAGAACUCAUUCAAUCAAAUAAUUUAAUUUCUCUGACUAGUAAAUGGGUAACAGAUGAACAUGUCUGAACCUCAGCUGUAAUACUUUCUAGUACCUUUGCAAGGAGAUGGGAUAGCACUCAGAGGCGGCGCUGUAUGGGCAAGGUCACAGGGGGAAGAAAGGUGGUUUAGCUGUUUUGUGUAGCCAUUUAGGGGGCUCUCCAGAGAGGAGACGGUGGUGGAGGGUGAACUAGAGAAGACAAGAAUGUCUUCCUAGGCUGGGCACAGUGGCUCAUGCCUGUAAUCCCAGCACUUUGGGAGU